AUGGCGGAGAUGAGAAGGGAAAGAGAGGAGGAAAGGAGGCGAGAGGCACCGGUUAGGGAUGCAUUUGGGAACGUCAAUAUCCCAAUUCCACCCUAUGAUACAAGGGUGAAUUCCAACAAUUUUGAGUUGAAGACGGUAUUGAUUCAAUUUGUGGAGCAACGUGUUUUCUCGGGAAGGCCCACAGAGGAUCCUAAUAUGCACUUAGUUGAAUUCUUGGAGAUUGCCAAUACAACUAAGCUUAAUAGGGUUCCCGACGAUAUAAUCAUGCUUAGGCUAUUCCCUUUCUCAUUGUGGGGAUAUGCUAGAGAUUGGUUUGAUAACCUUGAGUCGGGCUCGAUUACAAGUUGGGACGACUUAGCCCAAAAGUUUUUAAAUCAGUUAUUCCCUCUAAGCUUCACUCUCAACAUUCAAGCGGAGAUCUCCCACUUUAAAAUGAAAGGCCAAGAGUCUAUGUUCGAGGUUUGGGAGAGAUUCAACGCCUUGUUAAAGGAAUGUCCCAACCAUGGGCUAUCACCGGGCCAUCAAGUGAGCCUCUUUUACAAUGGAUGCUCGGAGUUCAUCAAAAGUCAAUUAGACUUUGGAUCCGGGGGGUCUUUCUUGGAUAAGGGAGUUGAUGAAUGCAAAAAGAUGCUUCAAAGGCUAGCCUAUACAAGCAAGGGUUGGAGCUCGGGCCGAGAUGGUUCAAUGCCGGUAGCUUCGGUCGUGGAUGUAAAUGCCUUUAAUCUUCUCACCCAACAGAUAAUGAUGUUGAAUCAAAAGGUGGAUAGCCUUAGUGUGGGGGUGGCACCCAUGGGAGAACCUCAACCGACCGUUGAAGAUGUGAAUUACAUCCAUCAAGGAGGAAACCAAAGAAAUUUCAAAAAUUAUCGCCAUAACAAUGGGGGUGAUAAUUAUCAAGGCUACCGCCCACCUUUCAACGCGCAUCCAAACCUCUCAUAUGGGAAUCCGAGUAAUGCUACCCAACCAACUCCACCUCCCAGAUUUGGAGCACCAAGUGGGACGGCCAAUCUGCCCGUCACUUCAAAAUCUUCGAGUGAUGUCACCAAUGAGCUUUUGAAAGCACUCAUGGAGAAGACCGAUGGGAUCAUGACACACUCAACCAUGAGGAUUGAUAAAGUGGAAACCGCGUUAGUGGAGGUCACCACAAGAUUGAGAGCCUUAGAGCACCAAGUGAGUCAAAUUGCCCAAGCCGUGGGGCAAAUACAUCAACCAGGGCAAUUCCCAAGCACUACAAUUUCAAAUCUGAAAGAUUGCAAGGCAAUCUACUUAAGGAGUGGGACAAGCUAUGAGAGUCCUCAUAUGCCCGAGGUGGAAGCUAAGGAAGUGUCCGAAGAGAAAGAAGAAGAUGAGAUAGAGGUGGAAUCACCUAUUAUGCAAUCCGAGGUUCAACACAAGGCAAUUGCUCCUCCCAAGCCAAAAGAGGUUAAAAUUUCAUUUCUUCAAGUGGUGCAAAAGAAGAAGUUUGCUAAGUUCCUUGAGAUCUUCAAAGAGGGUGCACCUCAACAUACGUCUUAUUGA